GGCAACCCUCCUUGUUCUCUCCCAUAACCUCUGCAACAAGGGAGACCACACAGAGAUGGACCGCUCAACCCCAGGCGGCGCAGGUGUCCUUAAAUUCUGCAAUGACAUCCGCCUCAGCAUGGCUAAGGACCCGGGAAGACAGCUGUUACACGACCGGAUUCAGGACACGAUGGACUUCUUGGAUGAUUAUCUGGAGAAAAUUUUGGAGGGCCCGAGCACUGAGUCCAUGACGGAAUUGCUGAAGACACCUGGCCGUCGGAAGAACGCGCAUACACGGACACGGUCUACGACGGCUACGGCUGCAAGGAAGGAGGCCGUAAUUGCGAUGACCUUAGACGCGACGGAUCACGGAGGGAACCACGCACCAGUGAACAGCUUCCACAAAGCACUGUUACAGGCUAAGAAGGGUGAUGACGAGGAGCAGACUGACAAUGUUCCUCGCUCGAACGAAUCCCAACAGCGGAUUCCUCACGCGUCGUCUCGACCUGACGUCGCGGAGACUGCGACAAGCAAGCCUGUGGCUCAAGCGUCUGCUGGAGUUCGCUUUGAGCAGGCGCAGGACAGGGUCGAGGAGCGCGGUACAGAGGAGGUCAACGUAUCUGGUGCGCCCACAGAACAAGUGGCUACGGAACUCUCUAUAAUCGCGGAGGACGACGAGCCGGCGGACCGCAGUAGGCUGUCCCUCUUACCGCCCUCGUCGGGCGCGGAGAAUGCUCAGCUGCCCCAACUCGAGGUGCUAAAGGUCGAGGAGCCAAAUCAUGCUUCGGACGCUCUGACAAGUAUGGACGUCGAUGAGCCUGCGCAGACCGAAACCAUGUCAACUACGGAUACGUUCCACUCCAUCUCUCUCGACUCCCCGCCGUCGCAUCGACACAUCACGCCGGCCCCCAAAGACCCUUCGCCAGUUGCGGACGAACCGCAGGAGGCGCAAGAACCGAUCCCAAUUGUGCCCUCUACCACGGCCGACGACGAACUCAGCGUCCCGCUCCGCGAUGAGCCCUCGUCGGCGACGUUGGAUGGUAAACCGAUUAUUGGUCUGCCUGCGCCUUCCCCGCUGCACAAGUCGGCGCGCACAGGACGAGAGCCAUCCAUGGGUACUGCUCUGGGCCCUGGUGGCAAGCGCGGUUCAUGGCUUGUCAAGGCACGCGAGGUGAAGGCGAUGGAAAUCGCGGGCAAGCGAGCGAGCAGCACGUUAGGGACUGGUCUAGGACUUGGUGUAUUGGGCGCGAAGCGCAAGAGCGGCGAGAUGAUGGAGUUUGGCGGGGCCGUCGCUGGGCCGUCAAGGAGCGCGGAUGACGGAGAGAGGAUGAUGAAGGCUGCGAAGCUGUCUGAAGACGGUGACUCUGCGCAGAAGGGCAAGAUGAGGCUAAUAUCCGUUGAAGAACCGCCCUCGCUGUCCCCGAAGCCGCAUGUAGAGAUGAAGAUCCGGGCGGCCACUGUUCCGCCCGAGGACUUCACCACCGAGAUGCAGGUCACUAACCAAGACGAGCCACUCCUCGACACCUUCAAGAAGAGGCUCGAGGGCUUCGGUGCGAGACAUGGAAAGAGCAUGGGCAAGUCGCUUGGAGGUACUGCUGCCGCUGCGCUCGCGGAGGCACGCGCUGCAGCCGAAGCGCGGGUCGCAGAAAGAAAUAAGCUGGAACGAGGAUCAGACGUCGGUGUCGCGCCAGACGCAAGUGAGGCCAACGACGGCGUCGACAGUGCGGAACUGGCGCUUGCGCCUGCUCCGACAGAGCAUGCACCUGUGUCGGACUCGCAGAAGAGGCUCAGCAUGUCCGACCUACUUGGCCCGUCCAUGAAGGAGCCGUCUCCUCUGUCUGGCCGGGAGCCGCCAUUGCCUGCUCUCAAUAUUCAAGCUGCAAGCGCGAAUGCAGACACUAGCGUCUCGACGACCCCGCCCAACUCGCCUCCUCCUCGUCCCGCCCCGAUGGCUCCUCCCGCUGGCCCAGUAUUCAGCAAGCCACCCACCGUCUUUGCGCCACCGCCCGCAUCGACCUCUGCUGCACAGUCCUCGAAGGCACAGCCGGCCGCCGGCUCCAGUAAGGAUUUCUCUUUCAAAAUGCCCUCGGGUAACCCGUUCUCGAUGCCCGCUGCCAUGACGCUCGGCGUCCCUGCUUCUCUUGGAUCGCCCAACAGUCAGAAAACCGGUGGUGGUCUCUCGGCACAGUCCAGUAAAGCGAGCGUGUUCUCGGACACGAUCUUCGACAAGGAGGACAGCAUUCCUGCGUGGAUGCCGCACACGCAGGACACGGAGUACUCCAUGCAGCCCUCGCAGUCGCAGCAAAAGUUCGAUGACACGGAUGACGACGACAGCUGGCACGUCGAUGAUAAGUUCGCCCCCCAUCAGAUCUGGACGCCAUUCGGGUUCACGUCUGGGGAGAACCGAGACGAUACGUGGAGUACGCUUCCGAGCCGGAGCACGAGCCAAAAGGGCGGCGAUACUGGCUUCGUCACCACGAAUUUCACGAAUGCGUUCGUGGCGAAGAAGGAUGCACCGGAGGCGGGGAUGCAGCCGUCAUCCGCUAUCCCUGCUGUGUUCGACUUCGAGCAGGAGCAAGUGGAACAAGAACAAGAUAUCGCAGAGCAGGACAUCGCGGACGAGGCCAUGGAGAUCGACGAGAUCGUGGAAGAUGAAGAUAUGGAACUCGAAGACAUCGUCAAUGCCGGUCAGUCGACCGUGAGUCUCGUCCAGCCCGGUAUGGAGAGAAGCCAAAGCCAACAGUCCAUGGCGUCCACUGCCUCGUCGUCACAGCAGUCCCAAGUCGGUCUGUUCGGGCAAGCCAGCAAGUUUGUCAGCAGUAUGCUAGGCGGCAGCAAGAAGCCCGUGAAGAGCCUGCAGCUCGCUGCUCAGGCAGCCAAGAAGCAACAAGAAGAGAUCGAGAAGAAGGCGACUCGUAUGAAGGAGAUGGAGAACCGUCGCCAGCUUGUUCAGCAGCGCAAGGCGGAGGAAGAACAGGCGCGUGCACAGGAAGAAGAGAGGAAGAUCAGAGAGGAGAACGAACGGCGCAAGAAGGAGCGCGAGGAGCAUACCGACAAGCGGCCGCUCAGUCGUAUGGCCAGCAAGAAGCAGCUCGACGAUGAUAACACGAAGAAGCGCAAACUCGAGGCUGAGAAGAAGCCUGUCGAGUCCAAGAAGCCUCCGUCGAAAGACAAGAAGGACGUCCCGGCUGCACCGCGCGUUAUGGUCAAACCAGGUCCGAGCACCACGACACACCCACCAGGCACGAAGAUUGGCCCUCCGCCGAAGUCGGCGAUGAAGCAGACCGACCUUUCAGACCCCAAGGCUACCACGGUGACGAAGGUGAUUAAGCACACGGCAUCGUCCAGCAGCCUCAAAGUCGGCCCUCCCAACCUCAAAGGCAAGGGCAAGGGUCCCGCGCGGGACGACGACGAGCCUUCGCAAGCGAUCCGCGCCCAGAUGGCCGACCGCGCGAAGGCGCAAAUUCAGGCGCAGCAGCCGCCGCCGGUGGCGAGCGAGGCGAUCGAGCUGCCGGACAUCAACAGCGAGUACUCGGACUCGGAUGACGAGGACCGCCCGCGGACGUUUGACCCGCCGGACUGGGCGCAGUCGCCCGAGCUCAUCACGGCGCUGCAACAGCAGGCGGCGGUCAACCCAGAUGAGGUAUUCGGGAGGAUCCCGCCGCUCAGGAUGGAGGACAUGUUCAGGACGCGUCAGAGCAGGUUUAGGGCGCGGACGAGUUCGGCGAACUGGAGUGGCCCGGAUGGGCUUACGGCGGAGGAGGAGAGGGAGUAUGCGCGUAGGAUGGGCUUCAAGUGAGUGAAUGGGCUUCGAGUGAAUGGGCGUCAAGUGAGUGAAUGAACUUUACGUUGAGCAUUGUUUUGAGAAUCGCUUUCGCCUACUGUAUUGUUACUGCACUUAAGUUCAAGUUCGAGGUUCUGUACGCAAAAACUAUCAUGCAUUAGAGACUAUGCACCAUGUAAUCCACGGCAC